CUUAACAAAAUCAGUUCGGACUCAGCUCCAUAUAACCCAUUUUAAAGUACGCAUACCUGUAUGAAAGUCAAAUCUGUAAAGGCCUAAAUAAUGUCUGCUCUUUUCGACGAUCAUCCGAUGCAUUUUAAUGAAGCUCUCGUCAAUGUGGUGAAAGUAGAAGUCGGAAGUCCGAGUGAGGUGGGAGAAGGGCUAGGCUGGCUUGAGGGAGAGGACUGCUCGGGCUCGACCGGGGCCGAAGGAUCAGCGGAGGAAGAGGAGUACGAUCCGCACUGCCCGCAGCGUGGUGUAACAGCUGGUGAACCAGACGAGCUCGGAUUGGCUAACAACAAUGUCAAUGACGAAGAGGGUAUUGCAAGUCCGACGUUAAGAAGGAGAUUAAAUCGAGACGAAAUUAAUAUGAGAACGAGUGGCUUUUACAACAAAAAGGAACUUCAAUCCAUGGUAGAAGAUAUCAAUGAUUCCCGUGUCUCUUUUGAACCAUUCACAGACAAGAAGAUCCCUGUUUUUGACCGAUUCGUCCAAAUCUUUGUCGAUGGUAGAAAACAGGAAUAUACAGCAUGUGUUGAGUGCCGCAGCCUUAUCAAGUAUUCAACACGCGAUGGCACUCGAGGGUUACACCAUCACAAAUGCCCACACUACAGAUCACGCCGACCCAAGGCAAAAAAGGACGACAAUAAUAGAGGACCGCAGAAAGAGAUAGAUGAAGUGAUUGAGGAGAAGUCAACAGAAAAUGGCAAUGUUGUCCCAACCCACACUCCUAUCGCAAAAAAUGAUUGUAAAGAUCCUCCUAUCUUAGAGUUAGACAGUGGCUUAACGGACGUGUUACCUACCAGUAAUUCUUCUAGAUCUAGUGCUUCCAACAUUCCUAAAGUCAACAUGAUCCCUUUAAAGAGGGUGCUAGGUGAUGCCGGAGGUAUCGCUCCUAGGCCAAGAUUGAAGAACAAAGUCCGAUCCGCAACUUCUUCACCCACAAUGCACAAGAAAAGGCGACUUCGAAUUACUGACAACUACCGGUACUUCUUUGGAUCCAAACAGAGAAUGAGUUCCCCAGUGAUCCCUCCCCCAAAGCAUGUUCUUCAUAGCACCUUCCAUCAUGAAGUGUUACGAUCGUGGCAGAACAUUGACACAACCAUCACACCCGACAAUCUUGUAUACCCUCUCUUUAUCAUAGAUAACCCAGACCAGAUAGAACCAGUUUCUAGUCUCCCAGGAGUAAAUAGAUAUGGAGUGAACACCUUACAGGCAGCACUCACUCCACUCGUAGCCAAAGGCCUGAAAGCUGUCUUACUCUUUGGGGUGCCAACAGGUUUACCCAAGGAUACAAGAGGGUCAAGUGCAGACACUGAAGACUCGCCCGUCAUUCAAGCUAUUCAUGUGAUCUCAGAGAAGUUCCCCCAGCUCCUUAUCUCUUGUGAUGUGUGUCUCUGUGCCUAUACUAGUCAUGGUCACUGUGGUAUUCUCAAUGAAGGCGGCACCUUGGACAACGAGGCAAGCAUUCAGAGGUUGGCGGAGGUCGCACUCUCAUAUGCCCAGGCUGGUUGUCAUGUUGUUGCGCCCUCUGACAUGAUGGAUGGAAGAGUAGGCGCCAUCAAGCACCUCCUCAUGACCAAUGGGUUGGGUAACAAAGUAUCAGUGAUGAGCUACAGUGCUAAGUUUGCUUCUUGUUUCUAUGGUCCGUUCCGUGAUGCUGCCAAGUCAGCGCCUAGCUUUGGAGACCGGAGGUGUUACCAGCUACCCCCAGGGGCCAGGGGGCUUGCCAUGAGAGCUGUGGAUCGUGAUGUAGCAGAGGGAGCUGAUUAUCUGAUGGUCAAGCCAGGCAUGCCAUACCUUGACAUAGUGAGGGAUACCAAGGAGAAGCAUCCUGAUCUGAAGCUAGCAGUGUACCAUGUAUCAGGGGAGUAUGCUAUGCUGUACCAUGGGGCUAACCAGGGAGCCUUUGACCUCUCCAAGGCCGUCAUGGAGGCGGUCAAGUGCAUGAGGAGAGCAGGAGCGGACAUCAUCAUCACAUACUUUGUGCCAGACAUUCUGGAGUGGAUCAAGAAUACAUAGAAAUGACCAAUCAUCGUGAUUCAAGCAGUUUUUUAUUUUUAUAUGUUCUUUUAUGUGAAGGUACAUUGUAUGAGUACUUAUGAUCAAAAUGUUCUUGGGAGACCUAGUGAUUGAAAAUUACAUUUGUCUAAAUUGACAUAAAAAAGAGAGAUAUAAAUAUUAUUGAGAAGAAAAGUAAAGAUCAUUUGGUUUUGAGCAAUAUCUGUUCUUCCAUAUGUUUCAUAUUUGUGCAUUUUGGUUAAAGAGCUUACAUGUGAUCAAUGUUCACUUACUUUAAAGAUUUUCCUCUACAUCAUGUUUUCCAUGCAAAGCAUGUUUUCAAUUAUAUAUCUUUCUUAUUUUAUAUAUGAUCUUUCAAUUUUUAUUUUUAUUCUAUUCAAAUGCAAUUAUUGUGAUGUGCACAUUACAGCAUAUUCACACUGUACUUGCCAAAAAUGGAUAAUUUACAUUUACAAGCAAUUGGUAUGAAUACUUCAUGUAGAAAUUUUAAUGAAUGUAAUCAAAUUUACUUUGAUUAUGGUCUUGUAUCUUUAUAAAAUAUAGAGAAUGUAGAAUAUGUAAUGCUUAGUUUCCUUUUAUUGUGUAAUUUUUUAAUUCUGGCCUUUUCUGUACAACGCAAUAUUUCAUAGCUUUUAAAAGGCCAAGUCCAUGAAGAAAAACAAUUGAGCUUUUGUUCUUCUAUGUCUUUUUGUUUAUAAUAGACAUUUUGAAUAUAUCAUGAUUCAUGAAGAUAGUAUACAUGUAUUAUUCUUAAAAAUCUAAGGAACUUUGUAUGAAUAUCCUUCACAAAUUAUGUUAUUUUGUUCUUAAAGAGGCCUGGAUUUUGUUGACCAUUUGUUGGAAUGAUUUGCUUUAAACAAACAUUUCAUUUCAAUGCGCAUUGUACUUUCAAUCUUACAGUAGGUGACCUUUGACUGUAUUUGAAAGAAUAAGGAUUUACAUGACCUUGUGUAGUACCAUUCACAAAUGAACGUACAUACACACUGUACAAUGUCAUACAACAUUGCCCAAAGAAGGUAUUUGAUAUCUCAAAAAUGAAAUAUUCAUGUAUAUUAUUUGCAAUAAGCCCAGCACUAUUUGACCCAAUUAAGAUCCACAUUGAACAUGAGCAAUCAAAAAACAUGAACAAUAUUAAUAAUCGAGGUUCAGAAUACUUAUAGUGAUGAAGUAACAAUAUCUGAUAGCAAGCUUAAUAAAAGGACUAAAAUUCAGAACAACCUCGAAUCAUAGUGACGUCAUUUCAAUUGGGUGAUUUAAGCUGAUUUGGUAUUUUGUUUGUUUUACCUGACUGCUAAGAAAGCAUGUGUAUCUUUGUAAGAGGACCUUUCUCUUCCACUGAGUCAUCGCACCUCAAUUUAUAAUAUUUACAAUGAAUAGAUGUACUGACAUUUUGAUUGUUAGUAUUCAUGUCAUUAUUCAGAACCUCCAUCACAAAGAUGUCAUUUGUUUAAAGCAACAGCAAUUUCUUUAAAAGUCUGAUCGCAGAAGGUUCGCAUAGUGUGUGACGGUUUUAUAGAUAUUCUACUUACAUGGCUGUAAUACCUAUACUUGCUACUCUCCACCCAGGUGUUAAAAUGGAUACCCGGUAGGAUGCGACCGUCAUUGUUGGUCAAACAGUUUUUGAGCAUCGAGUCACACCUGGCUGGAAUGCUUCCCAGUGAGUAGAGAUUGUGCACAGUGUGUGCGGGCAAGCACUGAAUCCAAUGACUGGGGUAAUAAUAUAUCUGUAAAGCGCUUAGAGACGUCCGAGAUGUAUUAAGCGCUAUAUAAAAGCUGAAUAUUAUUAUUAUUAUUACCUAUGUUGAUCUCAAUUUAUUACUCAGACAG